GCUACUUUUAGACGCUGAGUCGUCUACAAAACGUCAGUGGAACCAGCUUGUGGUGUACAGUAAAUGUCAGCUCGCGGCUUUGUCUCCUCAUCUAGUUUUGUUACACAGCAGUGUAGAUGACCUUCUUCGGGUGAGGCCAAAGGUGUGCUCGGGUUCAACUGACAUCAUUUAUCAAUUCUAAUCUGUGAUUACGACAAUAAGAUUCCAUCAUUUUAGAGUUGUCUCGCAUGUGUGAGCUUACGGACUCUCCGUAUGUUGUGGCCAGUAUGGGUAUCAUGACGCGUAUGGGCACUCCUGUUCUCAAUAAACUGGCUGAGGGAGUGGAGUUUGUCCGCUGUCAGCACUCCGUGGGGCGACCUUUACCUCUCAAAGCUCCUCUGGUGAACUCGUGGCCCUGCAACCCAGAAAAGGUGCUGAUAUCCCACCUGCCCGACACCAGGCAGAUCCUCUCCUUCGGCAGUGGCUAUGGAGGGAACUCUCUCCUUGGGAAAAAGUGCUUUGCCCUGCGCAUCGCCUCCCGCAUUGCCACAGAUGAAGGCUUGCUGGCUGAGCACAUGCUGAUCCUAGGAAUCACCAGUCCUCAGGGUGUGAAGCGAUACAUCGCAGCUGCCUUCCCCAGCGCUUGUGGUAAAACCAACUUGGCCAUGAUGAAACCAGCUCUACCAGGCUGGAAGGUUGAGUGUGUAGGCGACGACAUUGCCUGGAUGAAGUUUGACAGCCGAGGUAAACUGAGAGCCAUCAACCCAGAGAACGGGUUCUUUGGCGUGGCCCCGGGCACCUCCAACAAGACCAACCCUGUCAGGGGAAAAUUCCCAAAUAGAAGGCUGCCAAAGUAAAACAGAGACACAGUGAGACAAUAUAAACAAUCAUAUGUACAUGGGGUGAACAUCUCUAAUGAGAGUCACACAGUACUCUUCUUUAUUGCAGGUUAUAUAGGCACGUAGGUUACACAGCAGACGGAGGCAGUCUCCGCCUGUUCUCAGAAUAUAUAUUGCUUAACUGACAAAUGCAUAUCUUACUAAACAUUCUGUCCGUACUAUACUAAACGUCUGCUUAAGUAGCAUUUUCCGUUCCUCUUUACACAGGAACUUGUCUUCACAGGCAUUUGAUAAGCAUAGGCAAGGCUUCAUGUUUAUCAGAGUGAAUCGUCAUUCAGAGUUUACACAAUCACAGCAUAUAUCAUUCAGAGGUUUACACAGUUACAAGCAAAGCAUAUUUGAAUAAUAAACAAAAUCUUUUCACAUUUCCCUCCUGUUGUUUAACUUUCAUACUAGUUAAAACAC